AUGGCGGCCGCCGCUGGGCGCGUGGCGGUGCGCGGCUCUGCUUGGCGCGUGGCGAGGACGGCCGGGAAACCGCUGGCGGGGCCCAAGACACCAAGACUAAUCUGCACUAGUACUUCAGUACAGAAGAAAAAUGUUGCUGCUGCAGGACCCGAAAAGUACACAGAAGCUUUUAUUAAAAAACAGAUUGAAGAGUUCAGCAUAGGAAAGAGACAUUUAGCCAACAUGAUGGGAGAAGAUCCAGAAACUUUUACCCAAGAGGAUAUUGAUAAAGCUAUUGCCUACCUUUUCCCAUCUGGUCUGUUUGAGAAAAGGGCCAGACCUGUAAUGAAGCAUCCCACUGAACUAUUUCCAAAGCAAAGAGCAAUCCAGUGGGAUGAAGAUGGCCGUCCACUGCACUUUCUUUUUUACACUGGCAAGCAAGCCUAUUAUUCAUUAAUGCACGAAAUGUAUGGUAAAUUUCUACGUAUUCAGGAACAUCAAGAUCAAAUGCGUGCUCAAGGAUUAGUUCCAGAGAUCAAAGACCCCUUCAACCUGAUUGGCAGCAGAUGGCUGAUUAAGGAGGAAUUGGAAGAAAUGUUAGUAGAAAAACUGUCAGAUCAAGAUUAUUUGCACUGUAUUAAACUGCUCGAAAGAUUAGUGACAUCUCCAUGCUGUGGCAUCGAAGAAGAUUAUGUGCUAAAAUUCCGCAAGCAAUUACCUGUACAAUCUAAAAAGCUUGUAAUAGAACCCUUGAAAUAUGAGGAUGGUGUGGCCUUCAGCACUGGAGAAGGCCGAAGAAAGACAGCCAGAGCCACUGUUACCAUUUAUGACAGGGGAAGUGGAAAAAUUACGAUAAAUGGAGAGAAUUAUUUACUCUUCUUCCCCGUGUUGCAGGACAGAGAGCAGCUGAUGUUCCCAUUUCUGUUUGUUGAUCGGUUGGGGAAAUACGACAUGGUCUGCAGCGUCUCUGAGAGUGGGAGAUCAGCACAAGCGGGUGCAAUUCGUUUAGCUAUUGCGAGAGCAUUGUGUAGUUUUGUGACAGAAGAUGACGUGGAGCACAUGAGGCAAGCUGGCCUCCUGACGUCCGAUCCACGGGUGAGAGAGCGAAAGAAGCCAGGACAAGAGGGAGCCCGCAGAAAGUUUACCUGGAAAAAGCGCUGAAGCUUGAAGAUUAAAUUGU